CUGGCCGCGUGCGCGUAUUUCACAUUCCGUAUUCACCCCUGGUCCGUGUCAGAUAUAGACGUUUAUAUGUAUUUUCCAAAAGUGUGCAGUUUGGUGAAUUUAUUAUUAUGAACUCAUAAGAGCAAGUGAAAUUUCCUUUUCUUUUGUGAAUCCAAACGUGAGCCUGUAAUUUUUAUUGAAAAAUUCAUUUUAUUUUCGAUCUCCAACGUACCCGAGAACGAAACAACAGAAAGUCGGACCGAAGGGGUAGUUUUUACCGGAAGAGGGUGCUUGACGAUAAAUAGUGCGAAAAAUGGCGACCGACGGAGAAAUUCACCUCUCAAUACAAAACAAAGUGACAGAAGUGCCGCGGUGAUUUUUCGCGCGUAAUCUUCACACCGUAAUAACACAGUGGAACAGCGUAGUAUGUGUAAUCCGAUGUAUAACUCACAUAUAUCUAUACAUAUUUCGUGUUUUGCUUGUGAGAAUUCGUUCAGGAGAAGUGCGCAUGUCUCUCGUGGCGCGGAUCGUCCAUAAUACCGGGCGAAAACGUCAACAAACGAGGCACUCGUGUUCGGGAGGCGCUAGUGAGUGGAACGGAGAUAGGAUCCUUAGUUUACCUCUGUUUUCCCGCGUUUAAUAGUUUCGUGCACCGUCUUGUUUAUAUUUUUAUCGUGAACGGAAAGAAAAAAUACUCGAAGAAUCGUAGAGUGUCAUAUAGUCGGAUCAAGUGUAACUUUAUUAGUGUCUCGUUAAAUAUUUGUUUAUCGUUCGUUUUAACAAUUUAGAUGAAGAGAGUAAAGCAGAGAAAAGCGCCAAAUGAGAGUGAGAAGUUCAUGUGAUUUUUCUUCUACGUGACGAAAAAAAAAAAAUAGCCAAGAUCAAAUAAGAUCGAGCGAGAGUGAUUGAAACGCCAGAUGGAAUUACGCGAGUGUUGAAAAUUUUCCCGUAUUGUGAAAUUGCACGAACGGGAAAACUGGUGUUUUUUUUCGUGGCUCCAUCAAAAUACGUUUAAUCGUUGAAGAAUAAAAAAUGGGGGACAUAGAAAUGGGUUUGGACAGCGUGACAAUGAGCGAAACACCUCACGGUACAAUGAACACGAGUUCCCGUGUAUCCCACAAUUCUUACGACAGUAACGGUGACAGCGGAUAUUUGACGUUGACACCGCGAUCUGGUGGUUUCACACCGAUCGUUGGUGGUUGUCGAUCGCGAACUGCUCACGUCUCAAAACCUUAUCGUUUGCGAGGUGAUGUGAGACAAUCCGAACGUGCACCGAGACUAAGAUCGAGGCUCAAUUCUCUUAUCAAUGCCACUUCGGAUCAAGGCUUCGAUUCGCUGAUCGCCGAAUCUCCGGACCUUUCUACUGCCGGGAAUUCUCAUGAUUCUGGUAUUUUCAGUUCGGAGCGGCCAGACAGUUCGCGAAAUGAAAGAAGUUACGAUUCCCAAGGAAUCUCCAAUCGCUUUCAACCCGAUUCAUCUUAUUUUCAACCUAAGGAUGCUCAUUUUUUACCUGGUGCUCAUUUUCCAUCCAAUUCAGCUCAUUUUCAAGCAAGUUCCAAUGAAGCAAGAGAAGCCUCCGCAGAACUCAGGGAAAGAAGAAGCAGGACGAGGAGGGCUUGGCGAACCACAGCAGCGCCUGCAACUCCAGCCUCCCGUUUACAACUCCUUUCUCCUCCUCCGUCCCCAGCUCUGCCGUCCACUUCGUUCAUUGCCUCUGAACCAAUCGAGGAAGACGUGGAAAUGAAACUAGUCGUACCCCAAAGUACACCCUAUACGGAGAAUCCACCCAACAAGUGUCCAGAAAUUAGCAUUGAUUACUGCUCGCCCAAGAGAUCCGUCGCUAAACUAGGCGACUCUGUGGACAACAAACGCUUAAGCAAAUUGGCUAUCACCGAGUUAGGCUCCAUUAUACCUGACAUCAAGCCUAAGAGAUUGGAUUUUAGUCAAAGAGCUUUUUCUCAUGCUCUCCAUCGCACCCGUGCUACUCCAGACUUCACCGGCAAAGCGACUCUGGACAUAAUAACUCUGCUAGGAGAAAAAAGUAAUCAUUGGCGCGUCGUUUCCAAAAUUCUUGCUGAUCUCAGUCCCCAAGAUCUGUGCUCCUUCACUCUCGUCUCCAAAGCAUGGCGAAGGAUAUGCACCAACGACUCUCGUGCCAAUAUGCGAAGACUCAGCCAUAUAAUUCUCAGACAAAACACCAAGGAAAAUCUAAAACUACUUAGAAAAGCUAAACUCGACUCCGGCGUUCCAAGCAGCCCCAAAAGCAGAUACGUUCGCAAAGGAUUCCUCCUUGAAGUACAAAACUUCUUACAAACACCAACUGCUCCCAGACCACCCAACAGUCCGCCGGUAUCACCCAGCAAAGUCAAGUUUCAUUCCUUCGUCAAGGCGAGUCGGACUUUGGAACCCUGGGAACACUUGUUGCCGUGCCCCAACUGCUCGUUUCCGUGUCACGUGGACGACGAGAAAAACGUUGGAAAGUGCUCGAGGCAGGGUUGCAGCAUGGAAUUUUGUACAUCGUGCUCAUCGAGGCCACACACAGGACCGUGCAAAACACCGCUCCUCGCAACACCGACGAAACGCAACAAACGUCUCGUGGUCGGUUCCCGGCAGAGCAAACGAAAUCUUCGACGGUUAUAACCGUCACUCAUCGGGCCCCAUAAACCGGAUGCCAUGAAAAACAAUAUAAACGAAAGAGGAGAAACUCUAUUCAAUGUUCCUGAACGCGAAACUCCGACGGAUAUUUUCAUCGGAAGAACAAUGAAAAUACAAUACGAAAAUAAUCGAACCAAGUUACGGGUACGCAGUUACGAAAAAAUUGUAUUUUUUCUGUUCGGUUGUUCUAUGGCUUUUUAACUGCAGCUCUCCAGGCAUUCCAACCAGUUUUUAGCUCUGGUUUCAACAAACCAGAGGAACGAGGUCAAAAACACCCCUAAAAAUAUUCAACUGGGAAUACAUUUAUCUUCGUUAUUUUUAAUCUGAGACGCUUGAUUUUUAUGCACCAAAAACGAAAUAAGAUCCUUGGCGUUGUACGAAUUUAUCUCGUGCGAGGAUCUUCCUCACGAAAUUGACAAACAAAUUAUUCUGCAGCACCGCGAGCGUCACAUUCAAUGGUAAAUAAAAUCAGUUUUUUCAAAAGUUACAAAAAUUCUGGCCGAUAUGUGACAAAACUCAUUUGCGCACUUAACAAAAUAUUGAAGUUAAGAAAUCGUCCGGUCCGGCUCAAAGGACUCGCUCCUCUCUCUUUUUAUUUCCAAGUAUGCGGAACAGGUGCAAGUACCGAUAAUAUACACGGAAAAUUGGGAACCGGUAUUCCGAUCGACAGAGCAGGUGCACAGUAACGAAUGAAACAAAAAAUGUUUAUAAUCAUAAAACAAAAUAUACAUCGAUUACUCGAACGAGUAUUUUUCUACCGUACGAUCACCAGUUUAUAUUCCUGUUAAAGGAAUCAAUAAUGGUGCCUAAUUUCUUAGUUCAAUGGCUCAAUUCACAUUUCGUUGGAAAUACUUACGCUAAAUUAUUUCGGAAAAUGAUUUACCCGCGUGUAUUUCCAAGAUUUUUUUCGACAAUUGCUUCUUUUCAAAAUUCCACUGCUCCGUUGCUUCUAUUUCCAACUUGGUAAAUUUUCGAUUCUUGAUGAAAAAAAAAUCUGCGUUCAACAUCUGCGAAUUUCAACAUUUUUGAGGUUUUAGCUUUUAGUUUUCCAUCUCGAAAGGUAAAAACUGGUUCCGUUUUCAUUUUCUGAUAGCCACACUUUAAAUAUUCUUUUGAAAAAAAUCAUUAGCAAUCCAUACCAAGUAGCAGACGAGAAGGUUCGUGAGUACAUUCGAAAUCGUCAUUUUCAGAUUGAGAACCAUUGUGAGCAGGUGCAAAAGCCAUAGAAUAUAUAUGUCAAGCGGGUGGAGUGUCCGUACAAUAUGAAACGAUGGGCAAGACCGAGUGCUAUAAACUCACGGUACCGAGUCUCGUACGAGCAAAACGAAAUACAAUAAAGCACAAAAGAGAGAAGUCGAAGGGCAUUUUGAAGAGGCGCGUGAAAUUGUUAUCGCCAAUAAAUAUCAGCGUUUCGAGCCGCAAUAUUGACGUGCAGAGAUUUUCUAAAGUUAAAUUGAAGAGCAUUUUUUUCUUGGCAAGGAGCAAAAUUUCUAUUUUAUAUUUCAUGAAAGGAAAAAAAGCAGCGAGCAAUCAAAAUAUUUACGAAAUUUCCUAUAAAAUUAUACUUUGUAAUGAGUUCAAAAAAAAAAUGAGAAAUUCGAUAAAAAAUUCCAAAUGGAAUGGUUAGUUUUAGAAUUAGUAAAAUGAAAAAUUUAUAAACUUGAAGAAAAAACGUUGAAUUUCUCUGUUUCAAAAGGUGCGUGUUGUAAAGUUGAUAAAUUCGAGAAUCUGGAUGCCGUGCAUCGAACUCUUGUCCUCUCGCAAAAAAGCUGCCCUUCUUCUUUUGAACUUUCCUCGAGGAAUAACGAACGUGUAAUUCUGGUACGAAGGAGAACUCGUUCGGUUUCGACGAGUUUUUUUGGUCCUUCAAAAAUGGUUCGGAUGGCCCGACGAUGUGAAGCGAAAUAUUGAGUCCCCGAUUGAAUCGCGACGCGUGCGGCAUCUCUGGGACACUUUGAGAAUAUUGUAAUCCGAGAGGCGAUUUACCGAUCGGAGGAUUCUCACAAGAAAGUAUUAAUUGAUCAUUCAGUUUUUCGUUUCUACAUUUUAAAUUAUUCUUUUGAAAAACUGCUAGUCUCGAUCGUUCGUUAAAACAAAAAAGCUCGAAAGUAUUACUCCGAGUUUGAGCGAACGCAAAGAGGAUUGAAGUGUCAGAUUUGUAAAGGGAAAAAAAGAAAGCGAAAAAAAUAAUCGGUUCGAUUUGCGUCUCCAGCAAUCGUGCCAAUGGGCAUAAUCAUCUAGUUUUUAAGAGCAAGGCAUUAUUUUCCACUUUCGUAUAUUUUUCAUUUUUUAUUUUUAUUUCCCCGUUAUUAUGGAAUUUACGUACAAUAAAAAAUUAUUGGAAUAAACCACGUGCCAUCGUACGAUCAACGCCAUAACGUUUGCCAUAGACGUAUUGUGUCAUGAGUUAUUGUGUUAUUUAACAAAAAUAUGUAUCCGUAAUCAAAAAGUCAUUCGUUAAUCGAUCGAGAACUAAUAUUUUCUGUCAAACGACGCCUAUUUAUAUUUUGUUUCCAUUUUUCGUCGAGUCACUAUAAGUGAAAUGACUUCGUAAUGAUUUCAGUGUAUAUUUUCUCGUAGUUCUCAGUCCUUUUAGACUUGUUGAAUUAAUGUAUGAAAAUUUCGACCGAGAAAAAAAAAAUAUUCUCUCGUUUAAAUGAAGAAUAAUAAUUAUCAGUGAUUAUUGUUCACGUUUUUGCGAGUUUGAAUUUAAAGCCCGUUUAUUUAUUCCGUAGUGAUAAUUCCUUUCAUUCACUUUUCAUUGAUUUUUCUCUAUAAACUUUUAUAACAAUAAUAAACGAGUCUCGUGUACUCCUUACUUGUAUGAAAAAUAGUUAUAAAAAGUGAGAAUUGUUGAAAUUUUGACACUUUCUGAGCAGAUAAAUUCAAAUGUUUUUAGUCAUUCGCGUCAUUAAUUCCGAUUGCAUCGUCGAUUGUUUUUUUUUAUCCCCAAUGAACAAUAAUUCACUGCAUUAUUUCGAAGAGAUAAAAUAAGGACGGGGUACGAGUGAAAAAAUCGAAGGAAUGAAACAACAUUGUACGAUGAUGGGCUGGUCAAAAAUAAUAAGUCUUUGGCCCUCGAAAAAUAUGCACGCCCAAUGCAGCACGAGAACGCUUUCGGCAGUCUCGAUUUACGAUCGAGAAACCGGGUACCCUUGAAAUUAAAUUCCAUUCGCCAUCUCUUCUGCAAAUAUGUAAUGCAAUGAGGAAAAAUUGCACUCGUAAUAGCGCGUCAUUAUUUUACUGUCGAAAAAAUAAUUCGAUGCAACGGAAAAACUCGAAUUGUCAUUCCAGUUUGUACGUUUGAGUACGUUUAUUCUUCCGUUGAUUAUUAAUCGUCUUAAUUUAUAAAAAAAAAAAAAAGUGUAUUCCUGACACUACUAUGACUCACUAUUUAAAUCAAAAAAAAAAAUAUUAGAAAUAACAAUAAGAAAAAACAGAUCGAAAGUAUUCGUUUUUGUACAGCAUUAAGAAUUUCAUACCAAAUUCAGUGGGACGUGUGUAUUUUGUAUUAGCAGAGUUUCACUAUUCCGAAAUGGGUGAACGAUGAAUUUGCACGAAGUAGCGUUGAAAAGCAGCUCAAAAUUUAGCUCGUAUAAAUUUACUCAUAUCCUCCGUUUUUUACUCUCGUGAAAGUGUGUACCUUUUGCCGGCUAAACAUCGAAGUCUCGAGAGUCAAUGCAGGAGGCUUGCAGAGCUCAAUUAAAGAACUAGAAUAAUUCAACGAAAAUCUAGAGAAAAUAGGGAAAUACAUUUUAUGCGUAAGAUGAAAUUUUAAAUUUAGCUAAUGCGAUUAAAAAGUCGUUUUAUGCCCUGUACAUUUCGAGCAAUUUAUUUCUAUUUUUUGUUUUUUAUGUCGGUCUAGAUCUAUUAAACAUCUCAAAAUUAGUUUGUAAGGAUGAAAAGGUUUUUUAUAUGUAUUUAUCUAGAAAUAAUAAUGUUUUAAUAUAAUAAGGGGCCCUGAAAAAUCAUCCCCCCUCCUGGUUUUCGUUGAGCCCUGGAACGAAGAGGAAAAAUUCAAGUGCCUUAUUAAAUAUUUAAUGAAGAACCCAGAGCUCGAUAUUUCCGAGUUUAGGAAUUUUCAUUUUUUAAUUGGAACAAGCAUGAGGAACGAGGGUUUAUUCCUUCAAAGAAAAUCGAUCAAAACUCGACUAUGCAUUCGACAAUGAUUUUUGACCUUCGUUCAUCGCUCAAACUAUUUGCUCAAAUAAGACAAGCAGAACGGGGUUCAACUAUACCUAGAUACAAAUAUAAGUAUAAAUUGUGCCAGGAAAUAAGGAAAAAAUGAAUAAUGGACCGUGAUUUGAAAUUUCAAUGGAAAGAGAAAUUUUGUUAAGGUUCUAUUGAUCAUCUAAAAAUCUCUUCCGUCUUUGGCAUUGCUCUCUGUACCAAUUUCGAAAUAAAUUACUUUCUCCUUUACCUUUCGAACAAAAGACCAGAUUUCAAAUACUCAGGAUAACGUUGGCAGGAACUCAAUGCGUUUUAUUUUUGUUAACACUUAAGCUACUAGUAAUAUUAGUAUUGAAGAAUUUAUAAAACACGGUGAUACCAAAUAUUGUAAUGUAUUAUAUGUAAGAACGUAGAAGCGAAAUAUUAUGUUUGAAACAGUCCCCGAGGACUUCCAGAACACUGAUGAUUGUCCUAAUCAAAAAGUUUUGAAAAAAUCCCAUCAGAUUACGAUGGUGAUAUUGUCAAGUUUUAUAAUUAAAAGAAAGAAUGCCAUAAACUUGAAAAUUUCGAUUUUA